AAUAUAGAGCGGUGAUAAAAAGACACCGUCCAAAUUACGCACGGCAGUCGGUCUGAAUUCAACUUCUGUCCCUCUUUAAAAACUCAACACUUUCUCAACCUCUCAUAUUCGCUUUCAUUCUGCAGUGCAAUCUUUUCUGCUGUUAGUGAGUCCUAGAAAGAUCCAAAUUCGAGCCUAUUCUAAGAAACAGAUGACGUUAUUUGACAGGGUGCCCAAAAUCCUUAAUGAGUAACUUAGCAAGAGGAGAAGGCAAAUGCUGCCCCAGCUGUUUCCUGUUGAAAAUGUCUCUGUAAUGUAGAUAAAUGUGAGGGAUUUUCUCUCCAAAUCCGUCUCCUGUUCGCUAAAUCUCACUUCUCCACAACGAGCCUGCGCAAUGGAACAAAGUCGGAAUAUUGAGAUGUGACAUUGCCCGCAUCUCAUCCUCUUUCUCGCUUUUUAAUGACUUCAAACAAGUUCAUUUUUGCUGGGCUUUUGCUGGAGACCCAAAGGGAUGUCUAGCGGUCAUUUCUUCCAGGGGCAUUGGUGUGAUGUCUUUAAGUGUACCAUGCGCUGUCUCCCGUGUACCCACACCCUCUCACUGGUGCUGUGCGUCCUCGCCUUGACUCCCGCGACUCUGGAGGCGGGGCCGGAGACGCUGUGCGGGGCGGAGCUUGUAGACACGCUGCAGUUUGUGUGUGGAGACAGGGGCUUUUAUUUCAGCAAGCCGACAGGAUAUGGACCUAGUUCAAGAAGGUCGCACAACCGUGGCAUCGUGGAUGAAUGCUGCUUUCAGAGCUGUGAGCUACGGCGCCUCGAGAUGUAUUGUGCGCCUGUGAAGACAGGCAAAUCUCCACGAUCCCUACGAGCACAACGACACACAGACAUUCCCAGGACACCAAAGAAACCUAUAUCUGGGCAUAGCCACUCUUCCUGUAAGGAGGUUCAUCAGAAGAACUCGAGCCGAGGAAGCACAGGGGGCAGAAAUUAUCGCAUGUAGAGGACAGCGGGAGGAAUGAAUUGGGAGAGACAAGAGAAACCGUUGGACAGCGGAAAAAAAGAGGGGAAGAAAGAAAGACUGGUUUUCUGGGAACGCGCUCCACUGCACUGUAUUAAACAAAACAAACAAACAAACAAACAAACAAACAAAAAAGAUACUGGACGUUUAAGCCCCAUCUUAAGACAAACAAAUCUGAUGAUUUCCAUACACUGCACCAGUCCAUACUGGUGAAAAAACUAAAUUAGCUGCUAUAAAAAGUCAACCAUUUAUCCUCCUUGUGUGAACUGUUGCACCUAAUGGAUGGCGAAAGCUUUUUAUAGUGGCAGUGCCCAAAUAUUGACCCUACUCUAGUUCUAAGGUUCAUAUUACACUGAAUUCUGAUGGACGGCCACUGGAACUGAGGUAAUAAUAGGUGACUAUUGGAGAAUUUAACCUUCCCCACACUUGUAAAGCUUAUCACAAUCCGGAUCUAGCAGAAGAAAAUUGCAAUAUUUUACCUUGCAAACAAGUUUUUGCAGGCACAUGCAAAAUGUUCAAGAUCCAUCGCCAAGAAAGGAAUUCGCAAUGAGAUCAUGGACCACAUUGACAAGAAAGGCUGUCUAGACAGUUUAUACCAGAUGGAACCCUUGCGAAACUGAACUAUGGCUGCACACAGAGAUGAUGUAUAAAAUACAAAUCUUUUUUUUUCUUUUUUUGAUUUAUUGUGCUAGACCAGAUCAAAGGGAUUAUAAGCCUUAUGCAGAUGUGCUGAGGUGCUCUAGAGAACACAUUUAGGACUGAUAGAACGUGACCUACAUCCUUUUUUCCUUAAAUUGUGUGUGUGGGAGUUUUGCUUCUUUUUUAAAAAAAAUAAUUGCAAUUGCAUGGUCUACCUUCUUUAGAAAAUGGGAGGUGAAAGCCAUUCACUCGAACAGUUAUUUGCAUGCAUUUACACCAGUGUAUCAGCACGCACAGGAAAGACAGAAAAGAUAAUAAAAACCACAAAAAUAACUAGCAAUUGUAAUAAAUGAACAAUAAGAAAAAUGUAAUCUGGUUCAGAAUCAGCAAUUGCUAGUUGUCAAAUGGGAAGAUGCAGGUUUACAUCUUCAUAACAAAAAACUGGCGACACAAGCCAGUCUGCAACUCACUCAAUAGCUGUAUAAAAUGGUUUUAAUCCUCCAGAAAUGUAAUUUGCUAUCAUUUACUGAUUUUACUUUACUCUGUUGUGGGUUUACUUGUAAUAUGAUGACUCUUGUAGUCCAUGCUCGUUUCUACUGGGAAAUAUUAAAAAGCAUUUGAGAUUAUAUGUUGUGAAAUUGCACGGCCACAUUUACCAUUGCUCUGCAAAAAAAACAAAAGCAGUGUUGUCCAAUAAAAAUCGACGAGAUUUCUGCACACCGGAUGAUUUUCGCGCUUUUUUCGUUCUAAACUCCUGACGAAAAGGGCGCCAUUUUGAACGCGUUCAUUCAAACGCGCAAAAACGCCAGGCGUUAAAGCGUCAUUAUAAAAUUCUCUCGGUUUUUUUUUCUCCUUCUUUUUUUUGACGAACCGCGUUAAACUGGUUAACCAAUACUAUUGAAACUUUUGUUUCCGUGCCUGGAGCUGUCGAAGUUACAGUAAACACCGCUUGAUGGCGCUCAUACACUAAAACACAUUUUUAAUGAUAAAAGUGCCUGAACACUAAGUUGUAAGAUAAACGUGACAGUGACUGCAAAAUGCCUGGAUGUUACGGAGAGGAGUUCCAGAUCAAAUAGGAUUCGAUGGUGAGUUAAUUUUUCCACUUAAUAUUCUUUCAUGGCUUGUAAGUUAAUUAAAUGGCAUCGAACGUCAGGACGUGAGUUUGAACAAAAAACGCCGACGAUAAAUCGUCCCGGUAUGCACGUACGAGCCUUGAUACUGUCACAUAACAGUUAAGGGAUAAAGCAGAUUUCACUCGUAUUUAAGUUGGUCACACACAUUCACAGCACUGAAUAACACAAUGCUGCUUGGUUUGAAAGUAACUUUGUUUAGUAUAACAUUCUGCAUGCAAAAUUUCAGCUAAUUAUAGCUCAUGUGACCUUACUUUUUUUUUUCAACUUUAUUUCAAAUACCUAUUAAAUGUUUGUUUCUCUGAAGCAGAAAUGUGCUUAAUGGGUGUGUUCACGUUUUUUUGGUUUGGUUCAUUUAGUUAAAGUAUUUAAUUAAAGUAUAUUUCUGGUUUGCAUAGUGUUCACACUGUCAUCUUUAAUGACAUAUGUGUUUAUAUAUUUUGUGGUGGAACUUACCAAACAUCAAAAAGAAUGCUGUGUGCUUGACUUAUUACAUUUUUUUUCAGUGGAGAAAUCCUGAAGAUCUUUUAUAAUGUGUAUCACAACAGCCCCAAUAUUUUCUGUCCAAAACAAAUUAAGAUCUGCUGUAAGCAUUCAUUUCUGUCUGUUUUGUCUACGACUUAGUUUGAAAUAGUUUGCUUUGAGUUAGUUAGUUUAGUUUGCAAUCUAAUUAACUAGAUUGCAAAUUAGAUUGCAAUCUUAUUCAAACUAAUGUCAUCAACAAAGUUGGUUUUAACAUGUCAAGUGUGAGCACACCCUAUUAGAGAAAAAAUGAUCAGUCAGCAACUUAAAAUUUCGCCAUUGCACAAAACCACAGAAGUGAUUUAAUGUUUUUUUAUUGCAUUUCUUUCUAAGGCAGAAAUCUUGUUUUAAAUGACAUGAGGGUGCAUAAAUAAUGACAGGAUUUCAUUAUUUUUGGGUGAACUCUUGCUCUACAUUUUUAAAGCAGUUGUCAAGUGUUUUGAGUUCGAGAAUCCUUCUGCAUGGUGAUUUCCUCUAUUCUGACCCCAACAGAUCACAUCAACACACACUGUGUACUCUCUAUCUAUACUCAACCUAUAGUAAUCUUCGCAAUCUCUAUCCAUAAUUGUAUGUGAUGGCAUCAUAUAGCGAAAGCAUAUAAAAGAUGGACCCACUGUAUAAUGGUGCUAUAAUGUAGUUUGUUACUAGCAGGGGUCGGCUGAAAACAUAGAUGACUGCUUGAGAAGCUCAAUGUCUUCCCUUUUGCACAGCCUUGUGGCCACCAUUGUAAAAAUAUUUGUCAUUUUUAUUGGUAAGCGAUUUCAAUAGAUUAAGCAAGCGAAAGUAUUUUUGUGAGAGUUGUGAAUACAUGAGAAAUGGCCCGAGAUGUUUAAUUGCCUUUUUUUAAUGAUUUAUAUUUUUGAAACAAUGAAAUCUCUAUGUCAAAUAACUUUGAAUCUCUAUGAACUGCAAAUCUUCAAGAUUUUGACCAUCACAAAGCAGCUUUUCAUGCGCACUACAUUUAAUUUGACAUCCUGGCACUGACUGUACAACAUAAAACAGUGUUAGUUUAAUAAAAAGACAAGAAAGACUUUCUCCCCUGAAGUAAUUACAGAGUUAAAGUACAGUUCAACCAGCUAGUAACAGUGUAAUUUGGCUAACACUGUAAGAGCCUAUUUAGAACCUCUUGUUUUUCUUUUUACCUGCUUGUGUUUUUACAUAUCAAUAUAUCUAGGGAGGUUGAAUAGGAAAAUUGCACCAACAUUAAGUAAUUAUACUAUUAUUUAUAUUUUAAACAGAAGAUGAAUCAUCUAUAAACGAAAUGAAUCAAAAGGAAAGUGGGCAUAAAGGCAAAUAUCUGUUUUUUGGCAACCUAAUUUUGGCAAUAGCCACCCAGAAUAUCUAUUUAAUGUGCACAAGAUCUCUGGAUGUAAUAGUCCUCACGCAAUACCAAAGACUUUGAAUAUUUGUUUAAAUGUUUGUUGGUUAUAGCUGUGUGGAUAAUAUCACGGGCAGCACU